CAGAAUUACCGAAUUUCAAACUAAAUUUUCAUGAAAUGGUAAAGAAUGAAUUUUAAGUUUCGAAAAACAUUUGGAACGGAAUGGAAUCAGGAAUGGAGGUUAUUCCAUUCCAUACUAACCAAAUUACGGCCCUGGGUUCACUUUGAUAUCAUUGAAAAUAUUCUACAGUCAGGAGCAGCUGCUGUUAAUCUGGUUACUGGAGAGAAGCCUGCAGACGUCUACUCCGGAAUAGCCUCUAGGGUACUCAAUAUCAUGCGGAGGGAUGCAGAGAAAGAUCCUGUAGUUUUUCCAGAUGCAUUGCGUGCAAAGACAUUAAUUAAUCAGGUGGAUAGGAAAUUGGUGAAGCAGACAGUGAUGACAUCUGUAUAUGGUGUCACUUAUAUUGGAGCAAGAGAUCAAAUUAAGAGGAGGUUGAAAGAACGUGGUUUUAUUGCAGAUGAAUCGGAGAUCUUUGGUGCAUCUUGCUACGCUGCAAAGGUGACUUUAACUGCCUUGGGGGAGAUGUUUGAAGCUGCACGAAGUAUCAUGAGCUGGCUUGGGGAAUGCGCAAAGGUUAUUGCAUCUGAAAAUGAGCCAGUGAGGUGGACAACUCCUCUAGGACUUCCUGUGGUGCAACCCUACCGAAAAUUAGGAAGACAUCUAAUAAAAACUUCCCUACAGGUUUUAACCCUGCAACAAGAAACUGAAAAGAUUAUGAUCAAGCGACAGAGAACAGCUUUCCCACCAAAUUUUGUUCACUCACUUGAUGGCUCUCAUAUGAUGAUGACUGCAGUUGCCUGCAAAAGGGCAGGCUUAACCUUCGCAGGAGUUCAUGAUUCAUACUGGACGCAUGCAUGUGAUGUGGAUGAAAUGAACAGGAUACUUAGGCAAAAGUUUGUUGAGCUUUAUGAAAUACCAAUAUUGGAGAAUUUGCUGGAGAGCUUUCAGGAAUCUUUUCCCACAUUGCCAUUUCCUCCUUUACCUGAAAGAGGAGACUUUGAUCUGCGGGAUGUGUUAGAAUCACCAUAUUUUUUCAACUGAUCCAUUGCGAGGGCUUCUUUUGAUGUUGAACUACACUUACACCACUUUUAUAGGUGUCGGCCUGUUUCCAAAUCUGAGCAUGAUUUGAGAAGUCCACAAUCUCACAAGAGCUUAAUAGUAGAGACUAGCUGAGCAGUGCCUGUAUAUAUCUUUAGAGUUGUUCCCAACAUCUCCACUGGGUAUGGUCUCUACUUCAUUUGGUCAUAUUGACUAAUGACGCAUUGUAUAGCAAACGUGAACUUUUGUUCUGCAGCUGUAAGUUCUUGGUCCCCUGCAUGUAAGCUUCUCUCGAGUCAAAUCAGCAAGGAUGUGUGUGGUUCUAAGAACUGGUGCUAAGAUCAUGCAGCAUUUAUCUCCGCUAGUUGACAAUCUAUAUCGAGGAUUCAUGGAGUUUGUGAUGUAGUCGAGACUUAUUCUAACGUGCCUGCAUAAUAUGAGGAAAUUCUGAUAGAGCACAGAAGUUCGCUGGAAGCGAUCAACUGUAUUUCCUAUUGUUGUUUAUAUUUUGCCCGCGGUAUCUGUGAUGGUAUUGUGGCCUAUUCCAUAUGUUUUUCCUCAUUAAUGUAAAUAUGAAUUAUGAAUAACUGAAGUAUAUCUACUUCGUAAUAUAUUUGUGAAGGCACACUUCUGUGACAAACUCUGAGUUGGCUUUCAAAGCCACAACCACAAGAAAACAAGGGAUCUGCAGAAACUAUUGACUAGAUAGAAUGUGUUUCGGUAGAUUAUUGGUUCAUAUUUAAACCUGCGAGUUGGUCUUAUUCUUCGUCAUUA